GUGAAAUGGGGGAGACGGAGACGCGCUUCUCUAAAUCAAGUCACACAAAGCUUGAGCUGAAUCAUUGCACUUGAUCAACGCUCCGAGAUCGCAUGUUGUUCUCACUUCUGUAAAACACCCUCCGCACUUCGAAUUCACACUAACUAUCGAGAUCCUGAUACUUAUCUCACACUUCUUUCUCUCUUCCUCGUUCUCAGAAACCCUUCAACGUAUUUGACAGCCCUUCACUUGCGGUUAUUCAGUCACCUCAUCUCACUUUACUUCAAAUCUUCAACCAACGUCUUCACUGAACACCAUGUCAUCUCAACGCCCCAGCAAUUCCUCAGAGGACAUUUCCAGGAAAGAAUCCUCCGAAUUGAAGAAGCUCCAUUUCGUCGCUUCAUUCGAACACCAGAAACUUCUCGAAGAUGUCAGCAACAAGGCCUACGACCUCGGCGUCAAAGCCGGCCUUCAACAGGCGGCUCAGCCCGACAAAGAAGCUCAAGUCAUCAUUCUGAGCCUCACAGACCGCAAUGACGAGCUGGAGAAGCAAAUCAAGGGUCUAGCAACUGAUGCGAUGCUGGACCUUGCCAAGGAUGUUCGUCUAAUUACAGGUUCAAGCGACAAUGUCACUUCGGCGCACCGCGCCGUGAGCUCUGCUGCCCAUGCUCAUGGUCUCACACGCAACGACUAUCGAAUCCUUAGGGAGUCAUCCAGUCAGCUCUCAGAGCUGGAGGAUAAGUGCAAGGAGCGGGUUGAGAAGAUCUCGCUUUGGCCAUAUUAG